GCCAUGUGCGCACGAGACGUUUCCGACCCGCGCGCUCCCGACCACUUACCGCGUGUCCCCGCGCUCAGACGCACGCGCGCCAGUCUCUGUUCCCUCCGCUCGCGAAGGCGCUGACCGGGACCCUGGCCGCGCGCUCACAGAUGAAGUUGGUCGCGCGCUGGAGGAGGAGGAAACCCGCGGGCUUCGAGAGGAGUACAGGCUGCCGGAGAAACGAUGCGAGGGCCAGUAGACAACAGCACUUUCCACUCCAACAUCCCUGUUGCUGCAGAUAUCACAUUAGGAGUGGUUUACUCCAUAUUUGGUGUGUGUUCUCUGUGCGGGAACACCAUGCUGCUCUAUGUGUCCCAUAGGAGGAAGCAUCUGCUGAAGCCGGCUGAGUUCUUCAUCGUUAACCUGGCUGUUAGUGAUCUGGGCAUGACUCUCAGUCUGUACCCCCUCGCUGUGACCUCCAGCUUCCAGCACAGGUGGCUUUAUGGGAGGACGGUGUGUUUAGUGUAUGCCUUCUGUGGUGUGCUCUUUGGCAUCUGCUCUCUCACCACUCUAACCAUUCUCAGUACUGUCUGCUGCCUCAAAGUCUGCUACCCUCUUUAUGGUAACAAGUUCGGUCAUGAACAUGGCCGUGUGCUUAUAGUGUGUGCGUGGGCGUAUGCACUGGUAUUUGCCUGUUCUCCGCUGGUCCACUGGGGGCAGUAUGGGCCAGAGCCGUAUGGGACAGCCUGCUGUAUCGACUGGAGCUUUUCAAACAAAGAUCCUACUGCCCGUUCCUACACCACAGUUCUCUUCAUCUGCUGCUACCUAAUACCUUGCACCAUCAUCAUCUUCUCCUACACACACAUUCUGAUCACAGUGAGGGAGUCUCGCCGAGCUGUGGAGCAGCACGUCUCCCAAACACGCAUGGUCAACAUCCAGACCAUUAUAGUGAAGCUCAGUGUGGCGGUGUGUAUAGGCUUCUUCACGGCGUGGAGCCCAUAUGCCCUUGUCUCCAUAUGGGCUGCAUUUGGGGAUGUAGAGGUCAUUCCACCGCUUGCCUUUGCUGUCCCGGCCAUGUUCUCUAAAUCCUCCACCAUCUACAACCCCCUCAUCUACCUUCUGCUCAAGCCCAACUUCCGGCAUCUUCUGUGCAAGGACAUGCACUCGCUGCGGCAGGUCUGUGUGCGUGGCUGCCUGACCCUGUGCGUGCCGUGGGACAGCUUCCGCCCUGCUCUGGCUCUGGGGAUGCGCUCAUUGAGGUCGCGGGGUCACUUAGCACCUGUGGGGCUGGACCAUUGCUCCUGCGAAUGGUGCAAUGACCCCUUUGAGCAGUUCAGGAACUACCCCCGCCGCUGCCCCAUCAACAUCAACACGGUGCAGUUCUCUUUACAGGACAGUGGAGAGCCUGAAGCAGAACUAGGGCUGGAUCCAGAAGCAGAAGCAGGAGUUAAGCUGGGAGUCUAUAAGAGGGACCUGGCAGACCCCAAUAAGCCAGUGCGGGUGCUCGUGAGGGGCAGGAAGAGUUCUGAGAUUGACAGCCUGGAGAUUACACUGGAAACUGUGCCCACUUACACUAAAGCUACUAAAGUCGGAAUGUCCUGAACAAGCUCAAAAUAUAAAAAUAUAAACUUUAAUCUUUUUGGAACUUUGCUUCAAAUGUAAAUGCUUAAAUGUUUCUUUUUAAACUUGUGCCCAGACUGUUUUUAUGAGGGAAACGGGACUGCAUGUUUUGUGUUAUUCUGACUGUUUAGAAAUAAUACAACCCCAAAGACAAUGUGGGACAGUAUUAAAAUGCUUAUUUUAUUCAAUUGCAGACAUUAUGAACUCAAGUCCUGGAAACUAAACUUAAUUUGUUAAUAUGCAUCCAUUUCUAAAUUUCAGCCAUGCAAUACAUUCCAAAAAAAUAGUGGGAUCUUAAAGCAAAAUCUUAAAGCACUUCAUGCUUCCCUCUACUGACAACUUUUAUAGAGAUGCGGAUUUCAUUUUCCAGCAGGGCUUGGCACACUGCCCACACUGCCAAAAGUACCAAUUGGUAUUUAUAUGAUGAUUAGUAUCCAUAA